AUGAAUCAACAACAAGCAUCAUCAAAUCAACAUACAACAUCAACAUCAAUUCAACAAUCAACGUUAUCAUCACUUUCACAUACAAUAUCUUCAUCAUCAUCAUUUCGAUAUACAACAUUGUCAUCAUCUUCUACGAACGUAACCAAAACAUCAUCUGUUCUUUUCAUCACGCAAAGACUUGUUGAUAUGACUAUUGAACAAGGAAAAUUGUUAAAACUUCUUGUUAAAUCAUCACAAUCAUCAAACGAAGUUAUUUGGUAUAAAAAUGAUGGUUUUAACAAUACAUAUAAUGAAACAAAGAAGUUGAAUAACAACAACAAAUAUCAUUUGAUAACACAAAACAAAAUUCAUAUUCUUAUUAUAUCAAAUGUAACAGUUGAUGAUGCAGGUGAAUAUAUAUGUCGAAUAGAAAAUGAUCUAACACAUGCACGAAUACAAGUGAUAGGUGCAGAUUUAAAUAUUAUUCCACAAUUGCCACCAUCAUCAAUUAAUAUAUCAACAUUAUAUGAUGUUAAAGGAUUUGAAGAUGAAUUAAAAUUUAUUGAAUCAUUACCUGAUCGCAUACAUUUAUAUGAAAAUGAACAAUUAAUAUUAUUAUGUGAAAUAAAUCGUAAGCCGAAAAAAGUUCAGUGGUUUAAAGAUGAUUUGCAUAUGUCAUUAGAACGUAAUAAUUCUUUGAUAAUUUAUGACAUUGAUGAAAUAUCUAUAUUAAUUAUUAAUAAUGUUAUUGAAACUUGUUCAGGACGAUAUACAUGCUAUAUUGAAGAUUUCAUUAAAACUGUGUUUUAUGUAGAAAUAGAAGAUACGAUUUUACCCUUUAUUGAUCAAUCAUUAACUUGGAUGCAACAUAUAAAUGAACCAGUUGAAAUAAUUUAUUUCAAAUUAAAUAAAGCAAAUAUCUUAUUAAAAUGGUUUCAUCAAAAUGAAAAUAAUAUUCUUCCUCGAUAUUCAACACAAUAUUUAUCAUUAUUAGAUGUAAAAAAGAAAAACUUAAAUAAAUAUUUCAUAUUAUUAAAAUUAUUAAAUCAAACACAUCAUUUUACAUUUAUUGAUCUUAAGUCAAUGAUGAUAACCAAUAGUGGUCAAAACUCUAUUAUACGAUCAUUACCUUCAAUUCAACAAAAACAAAUAACAGAAGAACCAAGUCAAUGGAUUAUUCGUUUAUCUGAUAUUGAUUUAACUGAUUUCGGUCUCUAUUCAAUUGAAUUUAAAGAAAAAGCAUUUCGGCAAGAUUUAUUUAUUUUAUCUGUAAAACCACGUUCUAUACAACGUCAAAUAAUAACAUUACGUAAAGAUGAAUUUUAUUUAAACGAAACAAUAGCAUUUGAAGAUAAAUUUCAACGACCAUUAUAUAGUAAAACUUAUAGAUCAACAUGGUUUAAAAAUGGUCUUCCGAUUCAAUCAUCUAAUCGCCAUUUAAUUAUAACUGAAGGCACAACACAAGAUCAAUCAAUAAAAUAUUCAUUAAGAGUGUAUGGGUGUGGGUGUUGA